AACUACUCCUGCUUGCACUUGUAACAACUUCUUACAUUUCCAUUUAUGGCAGCUGCUUCAUUUUUAAAGAAUCUCAUACCCUUCGUUUUCGCUCUCACCUUCACUACCAUCUUUUGCAGCCAACCACUCUCAGGGUAUUCGGAAGAUGUUCCGGGAGAACGAAUUGCUAAAGCCUUAUUUUGUUUCGACAAUCACUUUAUUUACAGUGAGUGUGAGAAGGAAUACAGACUGAAUGAGAGUGGGAAUCUGAACGUACCUUUUGCAGCAAAUAACAUCUUCUGUAACGGACCGUGUUUGGUUGAGACACAGUUGGUGCUUAAUUGUGUCGACAAUAUUUUGUCCAACUUCUUGUUCUAUAACAAGGCCACUGUUAGGGACCUCAGAAAUACAGUUCGUGCGGGCUGCAGCUUCACCAGCAGAAGAGGAAACUUCAAUGUGGGAAAUUAUUUGCAAGGUGAAAUCAGCAGAGGAAAUGCAUUGAGCUUACCGAAUUCGAUCAGAUUAUUUGCUUCUGCAAUCGUUAUAACUGGAGUUUUAUUGAUAUUACCAGUCUGAUCACAGAAAUCUAUUGUCCAAAUGUGUUAGAAAAGAAAACGACAGCACUUUAUACAGCAACCGUAACAAAUUUGAAUACCUAAAGAAGGUUUAACUCAAGUUUUGAUAUAUUUUAUUGAAUUCUAUUACUGGUAUUUAAUAAGUUCUUAAAUUUGAUCAGAUUCUAUAAUUCAUGCAUUAAGGUAACUAAUCGCGUUAUCUUUUUCUUCAAUAUAAGCUGCUAAAAAGACUACGAGAGACAUGAUGCAUUCGCAAUAAUAUAAGUAGAUUAUGAAAGGGACAUAUUUAUUAACUUGCAAAAAACACCAAGGAGCAAAAUCCAAGUCUAUAGACUACUAACAUGAGACAGUGAACUCCAACCUAACAGAAACCUUAAAACAACCUUACAUGGACUUGAAUUCCUAACUUUAUAAUUUCGGUCUUGACUUUUUCUUUUUCUUCAACCUCUUCCAUCUUCUGCAAAUCAAUCUUCAUUUAAAUGAUUCUGCAAAUCAAUUCCUAGAAUUCCCAUAUAGAGGAAUAUAUAUUUCAACUACUGA